AUGGUAGCUUAUUAUUAUCCAUAUUACGAACCAAGGAUUUCACCCUUCUAUACGAGAAGGUUUUUUCAACCAACACAAAAUUCAUUUCCGUGUUCUUAUCAACAUUACAACACUAGUCCAUUAUACAAUCAUCCCGAGCCUUAUUAUCAUUAUACGCCACAAAAUUAUUCAGUUUACGAUGACGAAGAAAAACGAUUAAAGCAGAAAGAACAAUUGAAAAGGUUUAAUGAACAUAACGCAUCAAAAUAUUCCACAAAUCAUGAACCAGGAAAAUCUUUUAAAAUAAAAAUUAAUGGAGGUGAAGAAGAAGAAGCAAAGUCGAGGAUCGACAAAUCUCAAGCAGCACUUAAAAUAUUCAAUUUUACCAAACAUCAAACGGAAAAGAAACGACUUUGUCAAACGUUAGAAAAAUUACAUGAGCUUCGUAAGAUUGAAGAUGAAUUAAAAGAAAUUCAUAGAUCGAAACAUAUAGGAACCUUAACAUUUGAUAAAGAGCAUGAAAUACAGGUUUUACCGAUCUCAAUCGAAAAUAAACGAUUUUUAGAAUAUGAAGAUAAAAUUACGAAAUUACUUGAUAAACUGGAUAGAGUACAAAGCGUAGGUGCCCAUAUCAUUCGUGAUCGAAGAAAACUUGACGUUAAAUUUGCUCAAACCUUGUUGGAGGAAUUGGAUAAGGAAAGAGAAAAUCAAUGGAAAUCCUUUGGCGAAAAUCUUCAAGUUUUUAUGAAUGAUGCAGAUGAAAAUUCUGUAGCCAACGAAAAUUCAGAAAUAGUUGCUCCAGUAAAGGAGGAAUCCGUCAUUGCGCCUCCAAACGAAGUGGCAAAUGACGCAUCGGAUCCAAUGGAUAUCUUACCUGAACGUUAA